AAUGCACCUAAUGUCAACCUUAAAGGUCCUAAAGCUGAUUUGGACAUGCCAGAUUUUGAUAUUUCUGGUCCAUCGGGUAAAUUCAAAAAGCCUAACUUGAAGAUGCCAGAUUUUGGGCUGUCUGGUCCAAAGUUUGAUGGCCCUAACCUGGGCCUCAAAGCACCUGAUCUAGAUAUAUCUGGCCCAAAUCUAAGUGGUGGCUUAAAGGCACCAGACAUAAACAUGCCCAAGCUUGAUCUUAAAAGCCCCAAACUGGACCUCAGUGCCCCCAAGGUUGACUUAGACAUGCCGUCAGGUAAACUGAAAAUGCCAGACCUAAAUGCUGGAAUUGACGCCCCUGACUUGGACUUACCAGACAUGAACCUGAAAGCUCCCAAGUUAGAUGUGAACACUCCAGAUGUCAACAUUGGUUCACCCAGUGGAAACCUGAAGAUGCCCAAACUGAAAAUGCCUAAAUUUAACCUCCCAAGUCUGAAAGGACCUGAGAUUGAUGGCAGUUUUGAUGGCCCAGACAUGGAUAUUAAUGCACCUAAUGUCAACCUUAAAGGUCCUAAAGCU